AGCGAGCCAAUAUCCUCAAGGAGGUGCAGAUCAUGCGUCAAUUGGACCACCCCAAUAUCGUCAAACUCAUCGAUUUCUCCGAGUCCCGCCAAUACUACUACAUUAUUCUCGAGCUGUGCCCCGGUGGCGAGCUCUUCCACCAGAUUGUGCGGUUGACCUACUUCAGCGAAGAUCUCAGCCGUCACGUCAUCAUCCAGGUGGCGAAGGCAAUUGAGUAUCUGCAUGAGACAUCUGGAGUUGUGCAUCGAGAUAUCAAACCUGAGAAUCUUCUCUUCUAUCCCGCCCCCUUCAUCCCCAGCAAGGGUCCUCAAACUCACCAACCGGGUGACGAGGACAAAGUGGACGAAGGCGAGUUUGUUCCAGGCGUUGGUGCCGGUGGGAUCGGCACCAUCAAGAUUGCCGAUUUUGGCCUGUCCAAGGUGAUCUGGGAUAGCCAGACAAUGACGCCGUGUGGCACCGUCGGAUACACCGCACCGGAGAUCGUCAAGGACGAGCGAUACUCGAAGAGCGUCGACAUGUGGGCGCUUGGAUGCGUCCUCUACACGCUCCUUUGCGGUUUCCCGCCCUUCUACGACGAAAGCAUCCAGAUCCUGACCGAGAAGGUCGCCCGCGGCCAGUACACGUUCCUGUCUCCUUGGUGGGACGACAUCUCCAAGUCGGCCCAGGAUCUCAUAUCGCACCUGCUCACCGUCAACCCAGACAAACGAUACACCAUCAAGGAGUUUUUAAAUCACCCGUGGAUCCGGGAAUCGGCCGAAGAGACCGAACCGGCCGCUGACGCCCCACCAACAGGCUCUUUGGCCACGGCCGCACACCAAGAGCAAGUCGCCGCGGCGGCAGGCGGAUCUAUGUUCAACGCCGCGACGGCCAACCAGGUGCAGUAUCAACCGGCCAGCGCGCGACUAAUCGACCAGACCUCAGCUGCGGAGCGCCGUAUGGACUUCCGCUCGCCGGGCGCGAUCAACCUGCGCGAGGUUUUCGACGUCGGAUAUGCCGUUCACCGCCAGGAAGAGGAAGGCAAGCGACGCAAAAACUUCCGCCAGGGAUACCGGGGCGGGAACCCAACGACUGGAUUCCGGUCUGGGCUUAACCCGCUCAACGAAGACUACGAUGACGACGAAGAUCUGGCGUACGGCUACGAGGAUGUGCCUGCCGCCAACACCGGCACCGGCACCGGCACUGGCACUGUCACCUCGGAGAACGGCACCAACCCGCCGUCCAAAAUCCCCAAGUCCUCACAGCAGGCCUCCGACGUGGCCGCCAUGGAAGCCAAACUGCGCUCGACAAACCUCGGCACGACCGCCAGCCACGCGGCGCAGGCCCGCGCCGCCGAACGUGGCCGGCAGCCCGUGCGGCAGGGUCACCAGCAGCCACAGCAGGGAUACGGUCAGCACAGCGCCACUGUCGCCCAGGCAGCACGGGAGAGCAUCGCUCGGAAUUCGCGACAACCCUUCGAGCUGAGUCUGGACAAUGCCACGUUGCUGGGGCGGCGGGGGCGGCGGCAGAUUGCUUGAAACCUUGUCUUUUUUAGUCCCCCCAUUAUUUCCUCUUGUUCUUUUUUUUUCCCCUUCUUCUCUUGGCUAGCAUGGCGUGAUGUAUAUGCUU